GCGGCGACUUGACGAAAGCAGCAGGAUGAAGAGGGUGAGGGCUUGAAAAAGCAGAAAGGUCCGUCACAGGCUGUGGGCCCAUCCUCCGACACCAAGCCAAGACCAUGUUGGAAGAGGACAGCCGCCGCACCGUAGCGCGACCGAGGUGUCGGUGAACGUGCGGAUAAGAUAAGAGGCGUUCGCGAGGCCAGGCGAGAGGAGAGGAGGAGCGGAGGAGCGCAGGAGCGCAGGAGCGCAGCGGGCUAGGACAGCGGCUUCCACCGGUCAGCCAUGGAAGAUACGGCCCGGGCUUGCCAGCGUCUAAUUUGCCACCCGGCCCACGCUCUCACGGAUGGGCAUUAGGGGCGAAGGCCAAGGCAAGCCGGGACAAGCCACCAGCCGAUACCCGAAGGCGGAGGAACGCGAAGCGGACCCCACGUCCAUGACUGUUGGGGCAGAGGAACCGCCACGGUGGAGUCGGCCGGUUCCCAAAAUAUGACCAGGGGUGCUGGGACGUGUUGGCAGCAAGAUGACGACGACGGCGGCUUCCAAAUCUGGCUAGAACCCCCCCGCGACAACCAAAAGCCAUUCACCGACUCCGAGAGGGCGCAGAGAUGGCGACUGUCCUUGGCAUCCCUCUUGUUUCUCACCAUCCUCCUCUCUGAUCACCUGUGGUUCUGCGCCGAGGCCAAAGCGGCCAGGACACGGGACAAGUUCGGAUCGCCUCGUGUCCUCUCCCCCCAGACUCAUUCAGCACACAGCAGCCUCAGAGAAACCCCCCACGCUAUUUUUGUAGGAAACUCAAGCAAAGAGUUGCUGCGGCUGGAAACUUGCCACGCGGACAGUUUGUCCCACACCUGCUUGACUUUAGCCGACGCCGACCAUUUGUGCAGGGGCCUCUCCGCCAAAGAGGGCACGUCGACGGCUGUAAAUAUGAGCGAUUUGUACCUCUCCUUUUGUAACUCAUACUCGCUGCUGGAUUUGUUCGACGGCUCGACGAGUCCGGAUAAUUUGAACUGCAGCCUGGACGUGCUCGGUGACGGCGACCCGACCCGAUGCAGCCUGUGCGUGCAGGCGUACCAGCGCUACGACCAGCACGCCCAGGAGAAGUACGACGACUUCGAGCUGCUCACUCGGAAAUACGAGCCGGGCACGUAUUCAGUACGGACCUGCAUGGAGCAGUGCAAGACAGCUUACAAGCCCUGGCUGUGUGCUCAGUAUUUCCCCACCACCCAGCAGUCGUGUCAGAGAAAGGUGUCGUGCCACCAGUACUGCCUCCAGGUCCAACAGAGUUGUCCGUUCAUCCUGCCGGACAACGACGACUUGAUCCAUGGCGGCAGCCCCAGCUUCAUCUGUACCGGACUUUUGAGAGAGGAUCCAUCAGAGAGCAAAGCCGAGUGCUGUGACGUCCGAUGGGACUCAAAUGUGGACGGCCCCUCGGGCGAGACACUAAAAAGGACUGCCUUCUCCUGCCGUCCUAAAGGGGCCUCGGUCACUUCCACCGCUACCCCGAGACUGUGCAGCGGGCGGCUGAAGAUCUGUCUCCUGGCACUGGUCCUCCUCCAUACAGUCAUCAUCAUAUCGGCCUCCCAUAAUUCCACGUUGGCGGGCGUGGCCGCCACCUUCUCACUGGAGAAGAGCGCAUCCAACGAGGAUUGAACACUGGGUUUGACAGAGGCUUAUGGGAUUUAUUGCUUUUUGCAAAUGUCGCAGCCAGGGAUGCGUCUGGCGUUGGCACACUGCGCUCACCUCUUCUAUCUGCUGUCAAAAAACACCCAGCACAGGAAGCGGGAGAGCUUUAUUGAAUCUUUGGGUGAACUGGACCACCCUUUUAAAGAAGUGACCUCUUGCCACUUAAAACCUGCUCAUUGUUUCUAUUCUAGCUAUGUUUUGGAGCAUCUUGUGCCUCCACCACUCCUGUUUUUUUUUUUCUUCUUCUGUGUUUCUGUGUCUGGAUUGCACGUUGAAAUGGACAGCGAUGAAGUAUGCACCCCUGCUUGUCGUUACAUUGAAUUUUUUUAUACCUUCUUUUGACAAAUUCCCACUAUCCCCCUUACUCUUCUUGACUACCUUGAAGUUACCCACCCAUCCCUCACGUGGGUCUUAUUUCUAUUUGCGCAAAGUGCAAUGGUAAUGUUCAACAGGUAGAUCUUUUCUUAACUCUUCCCCGCCCUCCUCAUGAUACAACAUGCCUCAACAAUUUGGGCCUGAAGUGCACCGAGACCAAAGGCAGCAGCGCCAAGCAGUGUGCACCGAGUAGUUUAAAAUGUACCUCAUGAUGACAUUGGUGCCAGUGAGCUGACAGCGAGUUCGUGGACUUGUCGAAACAGAAAAUAGAGGGAAUAGUUGAAAACAAGAUACUUAUUGAAACCAAAAGCCCAGGGGUCUCAGUUAUCUCCGACGUGUAAGCAGAGUAUUCCAUUGACCCGUUUCUAUCACACACAAGAUCAGUUUUGGGUUUUACACAGUACUAUACACUUUUUUCAUUUUGUAUUACAGCAGCAGGCAAAGUUCUAUGGGAACGUUUCCCACUUUUUGGCAAAAGUCACAAAGAGUCAAACAAUGUUAUGACUGAGUUUCCCCCCCACAACAUAAGCGCAAUCUGAAAGCAUAUUCUCACCCUUCCCCCCCAAAAAAACACAUUUUAUAGUAACCGCUACGUAGUUACGUUCUAAACCUUUUUAUAUCUCUAAAACGUUCUUUGUUUUUGUUGGUUUGUUAAAUUCCCCCCAAAAAUCCAAAGAUACUUUGGUGCCUUGCGAUAGGAAUAAUCUGUUUUCGAGAUUAGAGUUCCGAGCAAAUAUUUGAGAUUCCUGGUCUGUAUGAUGGCCUUGAAAUUAACUUGGCUCACUUUACAACAAGAAGCAGUUUGGCAUUGUGAUUAAAUCUUUUGGGAAUGAAAAAAAAACAAUUUUCAAGUUGAUUAAUAUCACUCCCAGUUAUGUGUGCUAGCUUAAUGCUAACACAUAUAGGGAAACGCCAUAGAUGGGCUAACAAAUAACAUUAGUGUAGGAAUAUAAGGAAUGGCUAUUUGAACACAAAUGGUGCAGUAAUACAUAGACAAGUAUCUGCUUUAUAUUCAGUGCAAAAAAUUAGACAUUUAGUCACAGGAGUGGAGUAAAACUUUUUUCCUUUUUUUGCUUUUUUUUUCUUUUGAUGCACCUACCUGGUGUCAAGUCUCUCAGACCGGAUGGAACUGCAAUGAAUUGAUCAUGAUUAACCAAUUGUUUAGUACUUUACAUGAUACUUGUUUUUAAAAUAUGUUUUGUCAAGUAAAAUAUAAAUAGAAUAUAUAGAAUGCUAUUUUUUUAAUCAAAAACACAUAAUGUUUUGGGGGGUGGGUUGGAGCUGGAAUGCAUUACAUUGCAUUUCCAUCCAUUUUAACAGGGAAAGUGUUUUUUUUUGGAGUUAAUAACAUGUAUGUAUGUAUGAAACUUGUAUCUCAAAGCACCACUGUAUUGGAUUUGGGUGGGAAGAGGUGAAAUAUGACCACAUUAUUCUGGAACAUUCGGGGGGUCGCUUCUUUACGGUUUUGAAGAUAAGACAAGGCCUUGAAUGUUUCUAUUUAAUCAGGACUUGAUAACUUUUUAGAUUGCAUUAUAUUCCAUUCAAACACUUUUGGUUCAUCUACGCUCAGGCUGAUAAUUGAGACCCCACAUCUUGAGUGCCUCUACGCUGCACACCCCUCGUCAGGCCAGAACUGGCAAUGGAGCAAUAUUAUAUAGGGUAUACAGUACAGUAUUUCAAAAAUGAAUCCCAAAAAACUGUUUCUCAACAUUCACGCUACCCUUAGACAUACUUAUGACCCGGACAAGCAAAGGGCUGCAUCUGCAUCGGAAUGUGAGGAGAUUUUAAGGGCUGAACCAUCGCAGUAUGUUAUGUAUGUAUGUGUGUGUUGGUUUGUGUCUUUUGUUUUUUAGCAUCCUCUUAAAUGGGAAGUGCGGUACCAUUAGGUGGCCAACAGACUGAUUCAGCCAAUCGAUUUGCUAAUACCAACAAUGUGGAAAUUAAGUAGUAGUAGUAGGGCCACACUGAAAAGAAAUUUCAAGGAAAAUUAAAGACUUGAGAAUUAUUUAAAGGAAAAACAACAACAACCUUAAGUAGGUCUUUGACUUAGCUGUUUUUUUUUUUUUUUUUUUUAAAAAGGUGCAUUCAGUACUGUUCUACUCCAGUCCUGGUGGUACAGCUCUAUCUGCUGGAUCUGGUUGGUCAUUGCACCACUUGGCCCUAAUGAAAAUCAAUUAUUACAUCUGCACCGUUCUUUUUGACACAUCCCAAAACUGAAUGCGUUACUGCCCCGCUCCACAAAGUUUCAUGAUAAUUAAUUGUGUCGUAUAUUUGGAAUCUCGCUGACCAAGAAGUACGAAACGCCUUGUCUUACUGGAAAAUCAUCAUUAUACUUUAGGAAGGACACGUAUCAAAGUGUCUCAGAUGAAAGAAGCCAGAGGUUUUAUUUCCAAAAUGUAAUUUAAUACUAUUGUAGCUGUACCACUGUACCGUUACACACAAUUUGAGUAAUUAAACUGCACUUAAGUUUUGGGAAAAUCAAGAAAUGUACCUUUCAAAUGUUUCAAUUGAAAUAUACUGUACAUGAAAGUAAAGGGAGUACCAAAAUAAAAGUUUGAAAACAAGCUGUUCUAAAAGAUGAAAUGCAAAUGUACUUAAAAGUUAAAUACUAGUUUGCUGAAUUUAACAAACUGGACACUGUAAAAUCAUGUGUCCCGCGUUUUGUUUUUUUUUUUUUUUUUUUUUU